AUGGCAGAAACACCGGAAGAUGUCGUCGUCGCAACACCGAAACCAAAGCAAGGACUCUUCCAUCAUUUCCGGUGGUUCGAUGAGAAUGAUACGCCAGAAGAGAGGAAGUUAAUCUGGAAGUUGGAUCUUCUGAUUGUUCCAUACGCAUUGUUGGUGUACUGGGUGAAAUAUCUCGAUGCAGCAAAUCUGAACAAUGCGUAUGUCUCCGGAAUGAAAGAAGACUUGAACCUGGGGGGCAAUGAUCUUUCACACUUGCAGUCGGCUCUUCUGAUUGGGAAUUGUAUCGGACAGGUCCCAGGAGCAUACUUCUUCCCCAAAGUGCCACUACACAUUCUCAUCCCGGCUUUGGGGCUUGGCUGGGGUAUCUUCAAUUUGCUGCAAUAUAGAGCAAAGGGCCUGCCUGAACUGAUUGCAUACCGAUUUCUGAUCGGCUUGUUUGAGGCAAGUCGAAAUGAUGCUAGCCCUUUCUUCAUCGCUGUUCACUAUACCUUGGGAUCAUGGUACAAAGGCCACGAGCUGGAUAGAAGAGGCUCAUGUUUCUACAUCGGCCUCGCCCUGGGAACACUCACUGCUUCUCUCCUCCAAGCAGCUGCCACUAAAAACCUCGACGGGGUGAACGGUCUCGAAGGAUGGCGCUGGAACUUUAUCAUCACCAGCGUCUGCACGCUUCCCCUCACUUUUGUCGGAUGGUUCAUUUUCCCCAGCACUCCAGAUAAACCAAAUAGAUUCUCGAUCAACAAGAGAGAUAUCGAGAUUGCGAAGAAACGCCUUGAGAGUUCGGGACAUAGACCACCUGCGGACUGGACAUGGAAAUUGGUGAAGAAAGUCUUCUCGACUUGGCAUAUCUAUGUCUUGGUAUUUUGGAACAUAAUGUUCUGGAAUGGAUCACUGAACACUGCCAAUGGAGGCUAUCUGCUAUGGAUCAAAUCGCUCAAGCGGUAUAGUAUUCCCGAGGUCAACAAUCUUGGUGCGACCAUGCCAGCAAUCGGUAUCUUCAUCACGCUCGCCGUCUGUUUCGGAGCAGAUUUCUUUAGAUCACCUGCUUGGGCGAUUACCUUAGCAUACAUCGUGAACAUCCUAGGUUUGGUAAUAAUCAUCAUCUGGGAAGUCCCCGAGCCCAGCCUGUGGUUUGCCUUCAAUACAACCUAUUUUGCCAACGCAAUAUCCUCUGUUCUCUAUGGCGGUUCCACACAGUUGGGCACAGAACAUACUUCGGCACUCCCCGAACAACGCGCUUUCACGCGGGUAAUGAUGAAUGCGAUCUGUCAAUCUACCACAGCCUGGACUCUGAUUCUGACAUUCCCCACGGUCGAAGCCCCGAGAUUUACGAAAGAAUACUCGUUCGUGGUUGCUUGUGCGAUUAUAUUGAUUGUUAUGACACGACAGCAUAAGGAGUUGCAGGAAAGUGAUGAUGAAAGGAGCAGGGAGGUUGCAGAUUUAGUUGAGCCAACUACUAUUGAGGUGGAGCCGAUUAAGAAGAUUUGA